AUGUUCCUCCAACGCACAGCCUUCGCCCUCGCCAGGCGCACCCCUACCCGGGCUCUCGCUGCCCGUCCCUUUUCUUCCUCCGUCACCCGCUUCAACGCCAAGAAGUAUGAGGUGAAGCAGGAGGGCAAGAUCCUUCCCUUCGAUGAGAUCAAGACCGAGGACGACCUCAUCCCCCCGGGUGCUAAGUCCGGUACCGUUCCCGUCGAUAUCGAGCACGCCACUGGUCUCGAGCGUCUCGAACUCGUCGGAAAGAUGCAGGGCAUUGACAUCUUCGACAUGCGUCCCCUCGAUGCCUCCCGCAAGGGAACCCUCGAGGACCCCAUCAUCGUCAACGGUGCUGGUGACGAGCAGUACGCUGGUUGCACUGGUUUCCCCGCCGACUCUCACCAGGUCAACUGGUUGACUGUCUCCCGUGACCGCCCCAUCGAGCGCUGCGGCGAGUGCGGUAACGUUGUCAAGCUCAACUACGUCGGCCCCUUGGAGGACCCCCACGCUCACGACCACGACCACGGUCACGGCCACCCCCCUCACGAGGAGCCCAAGACCUUCGCCGACUUCGUCAAGCCUGAGUACUGGUACCGGUAA